AUGUUCCCAAUAGCUUUUGUUGUUGGGGAGACAGAAAGAAAAGACACUUGGACAUGGAUUUUAGAUAUAUUCUUCAAUGAUGUUGGGGUAAGAGGUACUGGAAAUGGAUGGGUUUUUAUCACUGACAAACAAAAAGAACUGGGGCAAGCAAUUGAGGCUUUCAAGCCAGAUGUUGAACAUAGGCAUUGUGUAAGGCAUCUACACAAUAAUUUCAAAGUUGCUGGGCAUGGUAGUUUGGCACUUAAACAAAGGCUAUGGGCUGCUGCUAGAAGUACAACACUUCCUUUGUGGGAAGCUGAGAUUGACAAUAUUAUGGAAAUAUCUACCCCAGCUCAUGCAUGGCUUAAGGAUAGGCUGGCAAUUCAUUGGAGUGGGUCACACUUUACUCCUGGGACCAAGUGUGAUAUACUGUUGAACAAUUUAUAUGAAUGUUUCAAUUCAGCAAUUUUGGAGGCAAGAGAUAAACAUAUUUGA